CGACGGUUGCAAUCUUGCAGCUCUAUGCUUCGACGGGAUCAAACAAAUGCCGUACUCGAAUUGGUGGGAACGGGGAGAGAAAGAGAGAGAACUGAGAAUGCCCUAUCAUCCGUCUCCUUCACCAUGACCCCUCCUCCUUGCCUUUUCUUCAACCAAUAACCCUUCCUCCUUUUCACCUGACCUAACCCUAGAUUUUGUAACUAUUAUUCAUCAAAAAAAAAAAAGGGCUAACUUUUUAUCAUACGGGAGAUUUUCUGCCCCCAGAUCUCUGAAGAAAUUCUUCGUUUUUUCCCUUGCCCUUUUUAUUAAAUUUAAUUUUUUUAAAUAUUCUUCUCCUUAGCUGUUCUUCGCUCGUAUCGGAUUCAUGGAUUCCAGUUGUGGGUUCGGAGAAUAUUUGAUGUCGCAUACUUCUCUUAUUUAGAAUUAGGUGCCCUUGUUAGCUUAGGGUUUCCAUUUUUCGCUUUUUGAAUGGAACCCCGUGUUGGCAAUAAGUUUCGGCUCGGCCGCAAGAUCGGCAGCGGUUCCUUUGGCGAGAUCUAUCUGGGUACUAAUAUUCAAACUAACGAAGAGGUCGCAAUUAAGCUUGAAAAUGUCAAGACAAAGCAUCCUCAGUUGUUGUAUGAGUCCAAGCUGUACAGAAUUCUCCAGGGAGGAACUGGAAUUCCAAAUGUUAGAUGGUUCGGAGUGGAGGGGGAUUACAAUGUGCUGGUGAUAGAUCUGCUUGGACCCAGUCUUGAAGAUCUAUUUAACUUCUGCAGUAGGAAGUUAUCACUGAAGACAGUUCUCAUGCUUGCUGAUCAAAUGAUCAAUCGAGUUGAGUUUGUUCAUUCCAAAUCAUUUCUACAUCGGGACAUCAAACCAGAUAAUUUUCUUAUGGGCUUAGGAAGGCGUGCAAACCAGGUUUAUAUUAUUGACUUUGGUUUGGCCAAGAAAUAUAGAGAUAGUUCAACUCAUCAACACAUUCCUUACAGGGAAAAUAAGAAUUUGACAGGAACUGCUAGAUACGCUAGCAUGAACACUCAUCUUGGCAUUGAGCAAAGUCGAAGAGACGAUUUAGAGUCUCUUGGUUAUGUCCUCAUGUACUUUCUGAGAGGAAGUCUUCCUUGGCAGGGGCUUAAAGCUGGCACCAAGAAGCAGAAGUAUGAGAAAAUCAGUGAAAAGAAGGUUUCUACCUCAAUCGAGGCACUGUGCCGAGGUUAUCCAACAGAAUUUGCAUCUUAUUUCCACUACUGCCGAUCAUUAAGGUUUGAUGAUAAGCCAGAUUAUGCUUACCUGAAAAGAAUAUUUCGUGACCUCUUUAUUCGUGAAGGCUUUCAGUUUGACUAUGUUUUUGACUGGACUAUCUUGAAGUAUCAGCAAUCACAGCUGGCUACUCCUCCUGCACGGGGCCUUGGCCCAAGUGCUGGAACUAGUUCUGGAAUGCCUCCUGUUGUGGCUAGUGCCGAUAGGCAGACAGGAGGGGAUGAAGGGCGAACUCCUGGUCUUGUUUCAAUGGAUUCUGUGAGGCGAAGAAUGUCAGGUCCCAUAUUAAAUUCUUCUCCAAGUAACAAUAUUUUGGGCCAGUCAAGUGGGUCAUCUCGGCGAGUUGCUGGCCGUGAUGCAUUUGUUGGCGGGGAGUCAGAUCCGCGUACUCGCGCUACUGAAGCUAGCCCUGGAGCUGCUCACAGAAUUACUAGUGGUCACAGAAGUUCACCAUUGAUAGCUUCAGAUGCAAAGAGAAUAUCUUCUGGAAGAAAUGCUUCUCAUGUCAAGAAUUAUGAAUCAGCUGUCAGAGGCAUCGAAAGCUUGCAAUUAGAGAAUGAUGAGAGGGCCCAUUAUUAAAUUGUCACCUUUUCAUCUUGUAAAUUUAUGAGUUGACUGGCACUUCUCUAGUUGUUGAUGCUGCUUUAACUGAGCUGAGGCAAGUUUGGUCUAAACUUGGAAAUCUGGGUUUGGAUUGUGAAUACACCUAAAGCUGAGAAGCUGAUGAACGAAUUUGAGCUAAGAUUUAUGCUUGCUGUGAAGCUGAGCCUAAUUGGCUCUUCUGGCGGGAACUCCUGAAUGUUAUGGCCUGUUAUCCUGUGAGUUGUUGAUUUACCUGGUGUGUCUUGGAACGCAUAGUUCAAAAUUACUGAACCAGUGAUAAUGUAAUUAGCCAUGCUACUGAUGUUAUUGAUAGUACUUAAAUUGCCACCACGAUGCAAGUUUUGUGGAGAUUAUUAUGGGAGAGUUUCAUCUGUUCGUGGGUUAUUUUACACCUGAAGUUCUGUUAUGAUUGAUUCAAAUUUUCCCUUUCUUUAAUCAAUAGAUCUGCAAGACCUUUUUUACCCCCGA